CUGCUGAGCCGUCUCACUCAUUCAGUCUCUCUCUCACUCACAUACAAAUAACCGUGGAGCUCAGUGAUUGAAUUUUACAGUAAAAUGUGUCGAGACGGUGCGCUACAGUAAAACUCAGAGAGGUUAUGUCACAGAGGAGCUUGUGUUUAAACUGCAGUGAGAAAGAGAAAGGCUAAGGCAUCCACAAGUCAGAUUUUACUAUUCACUCUUCUGCUUUGUACAAUCUAGCAGCAUGAACAACCACCAAACCGCUGAACUGACCAAUCCUGGAUCAGUGAACAUCUACCCUCCAGUGUGGGCAAGGGGAGUGCAGAGGGAGGAAGAAGAGGAUGAAGGCGAUCUUAAUAAAACGCUGAGCGUUCCCCGAUUCCACAACAUCCUCAGCCCAAACCCCAACAUACCGAGCGAACAGCACCGGUCCUACAGCGAGCAGGACUUCCAGCUUCAUCGCCAGUCAUCGCAUAAUGUUCGUCAUCCCUUGUCCAAACUUCAUGGUGAGGGCAGGAAAAAAAGGAGUGGGAGGAAGAGGAGGAAGAGUAAAGAAAAGAUACAGAGUGGUGAUGAGCAGGGGGCACUGCAAGAGGCUGAGGAAGAGGAGGAUGAAGGAGAAGAUGAAGCUACAGAGAAACGCACAACAGAAUCUGACACUAAAGAGGCUGUUCAGUUUUUUGUGUCGGAUGACGACCCACAUCUGUCCAGACCAGAAACCUCUGCUCAGGCACCCCAGUUGAUUCCCUCCAGCACUGGAACAGAGUGUUCUGAAUCUCCCUCUGGCGACUGUGAGUCCGGUUCAUUGCCUCGCGUGUCCUCAGCUAGCCGCAACUACGACCUGCAGGAGCGGCGUAGAACCGGAAAUAUGACUGGAACCGAACAGGCGAAGUACCAGCGCAUCCCCACUGAUGAGACGGAAGCAUUAACGCUUGCCUCCGCGGACUUAGAUGGCAUAAAGAGUCACCGUUUUGAGGAUGUACCUGGUGUGCGGAGACACCUAGUGAGGAAAAGCACUAAAGGCCAGAUCGUACACAUCAGUAAAGAUUAUAAAGAACCCUGCACACGGAACCGCAAACUGGACCGCACUCCACAUGAGGUGUUUGUGGAGCUGAACGAGCUGAUUGUGGACAAGAAUCAGGAGCUACAGUGGAGAGAGACGGCUCGCUGGAUAAAGUUUGAGGAGGACGUGGAGGAGGAGACAGAUCGCUGGGGGAAACCACAUGUCGCUUCACUCUCAUUCAGGAGCCUUCUGGAGCUCCGAAAAACAAUCUCACAUGGUGCAGUACUGCUGGAUCUGGAUCAGAAGAACCUGCCGGGAAUCGCCCAUCAAGUGGUCGAGCAGAUGAUCAUUUCUGACCAGAUUAAAGCAGAAGACCGGGCCAAUGUCCUGCGCGCUCUGCUGCUCAAACACAGCCACCCUAGUGAUGAAAAAGAGCACCCCACCUUCCCCCGAAACAUCUCAGCCGCCAGCCUGGGCUCGCUUAUGGCCCACCACCAUCACCACAGCAACAGCACCAGCAGCCAGGCCGAGCCUUCAGUCAUGCAGCCGCUCAUGGGCAGUGAGACCGCCAAGACUGACACUGUAUUGCAAAUGGAGACUGAAAGAAAUGAGAAAGAAGGUGCUUCAGUCGUGGGCAUUCACAGAUCUAAGUCCAAGCACGAGCUGAAACUUCUGGAGAAGAUUCCCGAAAAUGCAGAGGCAACUGUUGUACUUGUGGGCAGUGUUGAUUUUCUGGAGCAGCCCACCAUGGCGUUUGUGCGACUGCAGGAAGCUGUGGAGUUGGACUCGGUACUGGAGGUUCCGGUUCCUGUGCGAUUUCUCUUUGUGCUUCUUGGACCCCCCAGCACCAACAUGGACUACCACCAAAUCGGAAGAUCCAUAUCAACGCUCAUGUCUGACAAGUCUUUCCAUGAAGCUGCGUAUCUGGCAGAUGAACGUCAGGACCUGCUGAAUGCCAUUAACAGUUUUCUGGACUGUAGCAUUGUGCUGCCCCCCUCAGAGAUGGGCGGAGAGGAGCUCUUGCGCUCUGUUGCUCAUUUCCAGAGAGAGAUGCUCCGCAAGAGAGAGGAACAGGAAGUCAGUCUGCUUGCCAAAGAACCCAAGAGCCUGGAGGAGAAAGAGGCUCUUUUAACUCCUUUUAAGCCUGAAGAUGACCCUCUGCAGCGCACCGGUCGGCCGUUCGGAGGGAUGAUCCGAGACAUCCGCCGCAGGUACCCGAAGUACCUCAGUGACUUUAAAGAUGCUCUAAACCCACAGUGCAUGGCUGCCGUCAUAUUCAUCUACUUCGCUGCUCUUUCUCCUGCCAUUACAUUUGGAGGGCUCCUUGGGGAGAAGACUGAGGGGCUGAUCGGUGUGUCUGAGCUGAUUGUGGCCACCUGCAUUCAGGGUGUGGUGUUCUGCCUUCUGGGGGCGCAACCACUACUGGUGGUGGGAUUUUCUGGACCCCUUCUGGUGUUUGAAGAAGCCUUCUAUUCUUUCUGUAAGAGUAAUGGUCUGGAGUACCUGACGGGUCGAGUUUGGAUUGGGUUCUGGCUCAUCAUCAUCGUGGUGGUCAUGGUGGCCUUUGAAGGAAGUUUCCUGGUUCGAUUUGUCUCCCGCUUUACUCAAGAGAUUUUCUCUUUCCUCAUUUCCCUCAUUUUCAUCUACGAAACCUUCUCCAAACUGGCUAAGAUUUUUCAGCAACAUCCUCUGCAGCGGUGCUCUUUUGUGAACGUCUCUGUGUUGAAUGAAUCGGAGAUCUCUCCUAUGGAAAACUUCACCUGGAGUUCUGAGGCAACCAAUAGCAGUUCAACUAUUGUCAUAAAGGGGGAGCCAAACACAGCCCUGCUUUCGCUGGUGCUCAUGUCGGGAACAUUCUUCAUUGCCUUUUAUCUGCGCAAAUUCAAAAACAGUGCCUUCUUUCCUGGCAGGCUGAGGCGGGUAAUUGGAGAUUUCGGGGUGCCCAUUGCCAUCCUGAUCAUGGUCCUGGUAGACUACAGCAUUCAGGAAACAUACACACAGAAGCUAAGUGUUCCUAGUGGUUUCUCGGUCACCAGUCCAGAUAAGCGGGGUUGGAUUGUGAAUCCUCUGGGUUCUGAGGUCCAGUUUCCUGUCUGGAUGAUGGCUGCCAGUGUUCUGCCAGCUCUGCUGGUGUUUAUUCUCAUCUUCAUGGAGACUCAAAUCACCACGCUGAUCGUCAGUAAGAAGGAGCGAAUGCUGAUUAAAGGUUCUGGGUUCCAUCUUGAUCUGCUGGUCAUCGUGGCUAUGGGAGGAAUCUGUGCUCUUUUUGGACUGCCCUGGAUGGCUGCAGCGACGGUCCGAUCUGUGACCCAUGUCAACGCCCUGACUGUGAUGAGCAAAGCCGUCGCCCCUGGUGACAAGCCUCGCAUCCAAGAGGUCAAAGAGCAAAGGGUCACAGGACUUCUGGUGGCUAUUCUCGUAGGUCUGUCUAUAGUGAUUGGAGAUCUCCUGAGGCAGAUCCCUAUUGCUGUCCUGUUUGGGAUUUUCCUCUAUAUGGGCGUGAUGUCAUUAAACGGGAUCCAGCUGACUGAGCGCAUGCAGCUUCUUCUUAUGCCUCCAAAAUACCAUCCUGACCACACCUAUGUCCGCAAGGUGCGGACCCUGCGCAUGCACCUGUUCACAGCAUUGCAGGUGGUAUGUUUGGCAGCAUUGUGGGCGGUGAUGUCGACUUCAGCCUCGCUGGCCUUUCCCUUCGUCCUCAUCCUCACUGUGCCUCUUAAAAUGUUCCUGUUACCACGUAUCUUCAGCACCCGUGAGAUGCAGUGUCUGGACGCAGACGAAGCAGAGCCGACGUUUGAUGAGAAAGAGGGACAGGAUGAGUACACAGAGAUGCACAUGCCUGUGUGAGACCCACCAUCUGCCCAUCCUUCUUUUCUUCCUCCCACCUCUGCCUCUGUUUGUCCGUUUAUCAGGCAUCUGAGUUGCUGUGUAAAAAUCUAAUGUUAUGUUAUUAAGUCUCAGAUUAACAGCCGUUUAUAAAGAUUUCUGAUUAACUGGAGUUUUAUUUAUAUUAAACUGUUUCUACAGUUUGUUUCAUUUUAAUCUCAUAAAGAGAUUAAAGGGUCAACUAGAGGUUUGUGUGUGUGUGUGUCUGUGUGUGUGUGAGAGAGAGAAUCAGUAGCUCUGUAUAUGCAGAUGAUUGCUGUUUGUGUAUUUACACUGUUGCCAAAAACAACCACAACCACAUCCCCUCAUUCCCCACCAGGCCAACUAAUAAGCAGUUCCACUCUGUUUCAUCAUGUUCUGUUCAAUAAUACUGGAGGUGGUGAUGAUGAUGAUGUAACUACUGUUAGUCUGUGUGCAGACAGAGCUGAAGAUUACAUCUUAUUUUACAAUUUAAAAUUCCCCCAAAAAUUAACAUUUCUACAUACUGACGUUCCAACAUUUCCAUUUCUACAUACUGACAUUCCAACAUUUCCAUCAUUUCUACAUACUGACAUUCCAACAUUUCCAUCAUUUCUACAUACUGACAUUCCAACAUUUCCAUCAUUUCUACAUACUGACGUUCCAACAUUUCCAACAUUUCUACAUACUGACAUUCCAACAUUUCCAUCAUUUCUACAUACUGACAUUCCAACAUUUCCAUCAUUUCUACAUACUGACAUUCCAACAUUUCCAUCAUUUCUACAUACUGACAUUCCAACAUUUCCAUCAUUUCUACAUACUGACAUUCCAACAUUUCCAUCAUUUCUACAUACUGACAUUCCAACAUUUCCAUCAUUUCUACAUACUGACAUUCCAACAUUUCCAAAAUUUUUACAUACUGACGUUUCAACAUUUCUACCGACUGACAUUUCAAUAUUUCCAACAUUUUUACAAACUAAAGUUCCAACAGUUCUACAUAAUAAAACUCCAACAAUCCAAUAUUUCCAACAUUUUCAACAUUUCCAACAUUUCUACAUGCAGACAUUCCAACAUUUUCAAUAUUUCCAACCCUAUUGUAAAUAAUGGAUUUAAUCUACUGAAAUUUGUCCUAACACAUAAACUACUUAACUCGUUCUAAAUAAAUAGUAUUGUUCACUUUUACCAACUAAAUCUUUCAAACAGAUUGACAGAUUCAAAUAUAAAUUACUACAGUAAUAUUGUUAAUAUGGUCAUUAAAUAAAUGUUAAUGUAAAUAUGAUUUUACAUUGGUUAAAAACAUUAUUUACACUUUGUUUUAAAAAGUGUAAAUGUUUUGGCAUGUCUGCUGUUUGGUCCUUUUCUGUACUAACAUUCGACGUUACUGCUGAUCACAAGGCCAGUCAUGUGCCGCCACACCAUCCUCUUCCCUUCUCAGCUCCACCCACACACUUACUCACACUCACUUCAAAGUAAUUCAUCAUUAAAUGAAUGUUGUCAAGCUCAGAAUUUUCUGGUUCAUUUCUCAGAAUUUUGUGGCUUGCAACAAACCUGCAUGUGCCUCUGAAUCUUCUUAUAAAUGCUUUUAUUUUAUUUAUUUAAUCUAAAAUAAUCUUUAGAUACUUGUGGUUAUAAAUUAUUAUAAAUUAUAAAAUAACUAUGAUUUAUUAUAUUUUGGAAAUGUAUUUAUGUGCUUUAUUAAGUGCUCUUAUAAACAUUAAUUACAUAUUGACAAUAAUGUGCUGUUAAUCGGUUGUUUAGGAUUGUUAUAUUAAUGUCUAUAAAUGUAAUGGAUGAUUCUGAUAACACAGAGUGAACAUGUAGACAAUCUUACUUUAUGAAGGGCAUAACUGUGUAAGUUAUUAUGAGAUAUAAGUUAUUAAUGAAGUAUGUGUUACUGUUGACUAAAACAGACUUGUUUUAGGGUUAUUUUAAGGUUUAGCUGAGUAAUCAUCUUUUGUAAUCAUCUGAAAACUGGUGAAGGUCAAAGCUAUGAGGAUGAUGAUGAUGAUGAUCUGACUGAAUGUAAAAGAAGUCUUUUCUGAAUGUGUCUAAUGUGUUUAACGAAAUCUGGAUUUCUGUGGUGAUAAAUGAAUGAAAUACUUUAUGAAUGAAUGAAUAGAAAAUUUGUGUAUUUUUUAUAUUGUUGUUUACUAGAUAACACUAUGUGUAACUGUAAACAGCACAGAGAGUUAUUAGUUAUUCGUUUGGAUUAAAGGGGAAUAAAUCCUAUUUACUCACUGCCAGAUUUUAGGAAUGUCUGUUUUUUUUUCAGAAUGUUCCUGAUGUUUUCUGUACAGUAUUUACUGCUAAGAUUUAAUUUUAAUGUCAAAUAAAAUAAAGUUUCUAUUUAUGAAAA